AUGACGCGACAACUACGGCUAGCCUCGGUGCUGCUGCCGGCUCUGCUCCUGGCGCCCUCUGUCGCGGCCGUGGAGCUCAACCUCCCGUCGUACCACUACGGCGACGCCAUCCAUGUCGAGUGCAUGAACCGCAGCGCCGAGACGGGCGAACACAUCCAGCUGGCCAACAACGAGAUCCAGUGGGUGCCGUUCCCCGUGUGCAACGAGACGCAGAAGCCGCUCGAGUUUCACUACGGCAUCGAGGGCGAGGUCAACUGCACGAUCCCGCUCGUCACCGACCCCUUCUUCCACCUGCUCGAGUUCUAUCUGCACGCCGACGCGCCGCUCAUGUGCCGCCUCGCCAACCGGCCGCCGCCGCACAUUGAGACCAUGGGCGAGCGCCCGUACGCGCCCGAGUACGUGCCCCUCGUGUUUGCGCUCGCCGGCACCCUGCAGAUGAGCCACCUGCACAUUGCGUCGCACCUCAACGUGCUGCUGCACAGCACGCCCAAGCACCACAUCCACCCGCACGACUCGGGCGUCAUCGACUCGGGCGUCGCCUACAGCACGAGCCCGCUGGGCCACAACGUCCAGGACGGCGCCAGCGGCGAGGUGCGGUCGACGGGCGGGCGCACCACGGCGGCGGCGGAGCACUCGCGGCGGCUCAUUAUCGGGGACCCGCUGCCGCUGUCGUUUUCGGUGCGGUGGUUCCCGACGCCGCACCUGCCCAAGACGGAGGGGCGCGUGGAGUGGAGCGGCAUGGGCAGCCACAUUGGGCCGAGCACGGUGUUUUACAGCCUGGUGUCGUUUCUGGCCGGCCUCAUUGUGUCGGCCGUCUACUUUUUCGGGACGGUGCUGCCGAAGCGGCUCAAGGGCCGGAGCCUGGGCGGGGCGACGCCGCUGGGGUACGGCAUUGGCACGGGCGGCAGCGGAGUGGGCAACGGCUGGGGCAUGGUGCCGAAGCGGGCGUUGGAUUAG